GUCUGGAGUUGACAGAGCGAGAACCGAGCUACAAGUGUCUGCGCUACUGCACCGAAACUGGGCGAAAACUCUACAUUUUACCCCGCUGCCACCCUGGAUUAAACCUGACAUCUUUAUUUUUUGUGAAUUUAAACGCACACGCUAUCAUCUUGGAAAAAAGUGAGGUUACGAUGGCUUCGCGGGUGACCGAACUUCCCAGCUCCUAAACACGCCCAUCCACUGACCUCUACGCAGUUGCUCAUCCUCGUGCGGAGACGGAGAGAGAGGCAUGACCACCUCCCACCUGAACGGCCAUGUGUCGGGGGAGGGAGGGGACGACGAGCUGAGGGGAGGGCACAGGGAGAUGGCUGUGGACUGCCCAGGCGAGUUAGGCAGCCGCACUCUGCCCCUAAGACGGUCUGCCCAACUGGAGAGGAUACGCCAGCACCAGGAGGACCUUCGGAGGCGGAGGGAGGAGGAGGGUCGGCAGCUGGACUUGAACGCAUCGCUCAGACUCAGAAAACUGUCCCAGAAUCCUCAGAUCGGUAUCGACAACCCCACGUUCCUCCAGGACUCCCUCUUACCUCAGCCCCUGCCCCAAAGCCAGGCCCAUGCACUCCUGGAGUUGGAGGAGCUGUUGUUUUCACUGAAGCAGAUCCGAGGCUGUUUAUCUGAUCAGCAGAGUCAAAAUGACAUUGAGCUGGUCCUCGCACUGUUGAACAAGUCUGAUUUCCAGUCUGCUCUGAAAAUCCACAAUGCGGUGGCGAGCAGCAUGCACAAACCCUCCCCUCCAUACCCACACACGCACCAGGCGCUUCCUCUGGCCAUGGAGGUCAGAAAUCUCAUUCAGACGAAUUCGAACAAAGAAGGACUUGAACUCAGCAUACUUUUGUCAGAUGCUCACCUCCAGUCUUUACUCCUGGCCCAUGACACCAUAGCAGAGACAGAGAUGCAGCCUGAAGCGGUGCCCACACAGGGAGAGACUCUGACCCAGUGGGGUGGAGAGACCGUGAAGCUUGUCCGGAUUGAGAAAGCACGAGACAUUCCCCUGGGAGCCACAGUUCGUAAUGAGAUGGACAGCGUUGUGAUCAGCCGAAUCGUUCGUGGAGGAGCAGCUGAAAGGAGUGGGCUUUUGUCUGAAGGAGACGAGAUACUGGAAAUCAAUGGCAUUGAAAUCAGAGGAAAGGACGUCAACCAAGUCUUUGACAUCCUCGCCGACAUGCACGGCCUCCUGACCUUUGUGCUCAUUCCCAGCACUCAGACCAAACCUCCUCCGGUAAAAGAGUCUGUGGUCCAUGUGAAGGCGUAUUUCGACUAUGACCCCUCUGAUGACCCCUAUGUCCCCUGCAGAGAGCUGGGUCUGUCCUUCCAAAAGGGCGACAUCCUCCACAUUAUCAGCCAGGCUGACCCCAACUGGUGGCAGGCAUAUAGGGACGGGGAUGAGGACAACCAGCCCCUAGCGGGACUAGUGCCAGGAAAGAGUUUCCAGCAGCAAAGGGAAGCCAUGAAACAAACGAUAGAAGAAGACAAAGAGCCUGAGAAGCCUGGUAAAUUGUGGUGUGCGAAACAGAAGAAGAAGAAGAGGAAGAAAAUGCUUUAUAACAUGCACAGGAAUGAUGAUCUUGAUAACGAUGAGAUCCUGACCUAUGAGGAGAUGGCUCUGUACCACCAGCCGGCGAACAGGAAGCGUCCGAUUGCUCUGAUUGGUCCAGCAAGCUGUGGUCAGAGCGAGCUGAGACAGAGGCUGCUCCACAAUCAUCCAGACAGAUUCGCUGGAGCCGUGCCACACACAACAAGGAGCAGGCGUGACGGAGAGCUGAGCGGUCGGGAUUACCAUUUUGUGUCCAGACAAACGUUUGAGACAGAGCUAGCGGCAGGAAAGUUGAUUGAGUCUGGAGAGUUUGAGAAGAAUCUUUAUGGGACCAGCACAGACUCAGUUCGACAGGUUAUCAACACCAGCAAGAUCUGUGUGCUCUGUCUGCACACACAGGCUCUGAAGGUGUUGAGGAAUUCAGAUUUAAAGCCUUACAUCAUCUUCAUCGCUCCUCCCUCGCAAGAGCGACUGCGUGCCCUGCUGGCAAAAGAGAACAAGAACCCGAAGCCUGAGGAGUUGAGGGACAUCAUAGAAAAAGCCCGGGAGAUGGAGCAGAGCUGCGGACACCUGUUUGACGCCAUCAUCGUGAACACAGACCAGGACAAAGCCUACAACGAACUCCUCAGACUCAUCAACAAACUGGACACAGAGCCGCAGUGGGUGCCUUGCUCCUGGCUACGCUAAUGCUAAUAAUGCUAAUGCUAACAAUACAAAACUGGCACAGGCUCAAGGUUUACACUGUAAAAACAAAAUAUGUGAGUUAAAAUGAGUUGGAUUCAAAAUAUUUAACUUGAUUUGAAUAGUUUUUGACAUUUUUUAGUCGAUAGGUCUAAAUCUUGAACUUAUUUUGAUGUAUUUUUUUUCUUGUUUUUUAGCUAAAUUACUUGUCCAUGGAGUAUGACUUUUUGACUUAAGUUGACUACGUACAAUUUCUUCCUUCACUGAAAGAUAUUUGGAGUGAAAAAAGUACACUGGAAGUAUUAACUGUCAAAAACUACUCAAAACAAGAUUGAUAUUCGCAGUUAAAGCGGUUUAAACUCAUGUAGAUAUUUCCUUAUUGCAGUGUAAACUGUUUUCUAUCUGGACUUCUAUUCACCUUAUUUUGGAAGUUGCCAUGGGCGCCACCAUUAUCAUUCUAGUUGUAUCAUUUUCAUAGCCAUGUCCAUUUAUAUUUACAAUCUAACUGCUCCGGCUACAUCGACUCCAAUUCACUUUACAUUGAAAAACUGUGUCCCUUCUCUCUGUAACUACCGCACUGAGCCUUGUCAUUUUGGUCUUAAAAUGUUCGUAUUAAUCAUUUUUUAUUUCACUAUUGUGACUGUAAAUCAAGAUAUGAACAUUAAUAACAGACAGAUUAGGUGCCUUCUUUCCCAGAAGUUGCACCUGCUAGCGUUAGCAGCACUGUCAGCUACUGCUAAACCAGCAAUGUGGGCGGGAAGGGGAAUUACCUUCAACAGCCACGCUCUGGAUUUCCUCUUUGGUUGCUAUGAUACUCGCGGUAGAAAUUCCAAACAUGGAAUUCUGCUCCACAUUGGCCCCUAUAACUGCUAGUCUCGAUGAGCUUCAUCUGACUGGGUGAUGCCAAAGUCCACUUCUUUAUACCCUCUAUGAAUAUUUUAAAGCCUUUCAGAGAAUUGAUGCAGUGUUGACUUGAGAACAUUUUACACAAAUCAAUCUACUUUAUUUCAUAUUUUAGUGGCAAAACUAUUCUCAAAUUCUUCAUUAAAAUAAAUAGACUUCCUGCUUAACUGGAAAUGCCAAAACAGCAGAACAAAAGAUGAAAUCGUGUUUUGCUAUGGAUCACACCUGGAUGACUGAGGCAUUACACAGAUAAAACUGAAAAAUGUGUGUUAGUAGCAGUUAGAAGUAAAGAGGCAGAAAAAGGUGAAUAGAUUUAUAGCCUGUAGGGAUGGAGAGAUAUUGAGAUACACAUUUCUGGAUUAUAAACUGGACCUGUUUUACUGCUGCUGCACACCACUUUAAGAACACUUAAAUACAACAAUUUACCACAAACUUACCACAAAAAAAAAUAUUGACAGAAGGACUUGAACUGCUCUCAACUAUACUGUGACUGGAGAGGACAACAAUAGGUUUUAAGAUUUUAUUUUCCCCUUUUUUCAUCUUUUUAAAUACAUUUUUUAGUCUCCUCUUAUUAUUAAACCAGUGUCCCAGUAAUUUGGCAGAUUUUUAAGGCAAGAUGCCCUUCCUGUUGCUACCAACCACAUAUAUAUUUUCUACUUAAAAUAUAAAUAUUUCCUGCUUAAAAUAUAAAUAUAUAUUCAAGUACCAUUCAACAUAAUUUAUUUAUUCUUACUAUUCAAUUCUGUGUCUCCAUUUAAAAACCUCUAAAUUCAAACUGGCAACAUUAAACACUACUUUAAAGGUAGGCUAUGUAACGUUUUGGGUCUCCAUGGAGAUAUCAUUGCUUUACCUGUCUCGCAGUAUGGCAUUAAACAUAUUUAUGUUGCUUGUAUUCAACUGAUACCUUAUAAAACAUGCAUUUUGACUAUGAGUGGUGGCCUUUCCACAAACCUGACUGGUAACGUGUCCUCUUGGCAUCUUCAUGAAAACGACUUUAAUCUGAAACUGUGAAAUAUUCCAGGCAAAGCAAUGACAUCACCAUGGAGACAAUCAGGUGGUGACCAUACAAACCACAUGACUCUACCUUUCAUGAAUUAUUCUGUUCUUUUUGAUAAUUUUUAUGUUCAUUUUUUAUCCUAAGAAAAUUUCAGUUGUUCAAAUUAAAGAUAAUAAAAUAAUUACGCAAAUCUUUGUAAACUUCUAAUUUACAGCUUUUAUACAAAUAUGGCUGCAGGUCUGUCUCAGCCAUGUGAAAAAGACAAAAUGUGAAAGGCACAUAUUUGAAAUUUAAAAAUUUAAAAGUUAAUUACUUUUAAUGAAGAAAAUGACACUACUUAAUCCGUAGCAGCAGUGCUUUAGCUGUGACUGGACAAAUGACUGUUGUCAACCUGCAGUAGACUCUACACACAGUUGUUUUAAGCUCCUAUAUUAUGCUAUAAUGUACUUUUAUUUCAUUAUAUUAUGCUAUAAUUUACUUUUAUUUCAUUAUACCCAUGGCAUAAGUUUUUCAAAGUUUUUUUUUUUAUUAAUUGCAAUCAAAUUUUGCCUUAAGUCCAUCACAAAU